AUGGCGUGGAAGACCAACCGUCCGCCGCCCAGCUCGGUCAAGCCCUUGCUCAAGGGCGUGCUGGCGACCUUCAUCUUGACCUUGGUGUUGACGAGCACCUACAUGUACCGCGACACAAUCAGCACCAAAGCCUCCCGAAUCAAAUUCACCGACGGCGCCGCCACCGACUACUUCAAGUACCCCUUCAACGCCAGCGACCCCGAUGCGGACCCGAUCGAUUGGCUGAUCCACGACGCGCGGACGAAGCAGGCGGCGAUACUCCAGAAACGGAGUCGUACUCUUCACAGUGCCGCCCAGCGCUACCGAGAGCGACGGGGCAGACACCCGCCCCCGGGGUUCCAGGAAUGGUUCCACCACGCCAUGGAGACCGAUGCGAUAGUUGUCGAGGAGUUCUUCGACCGGAUCCACGACGAUAUCAGGCCGUUUUGGGCCCUCGACGCGAAGACGAUCACGAAGCAGGCCAACGCCGGUGAACACGUCGUAAGGGUUCGCAACGGCACGGCGACGGGCGACGGGAACACGGAGGGCAAGGAGCCUUGGCUGGAGUUAUGGACGGCGUUGGUUUCCGAGUUUGCGAAACAUCUCCCGGACGUAGACAUGCCCAUCAACCACAUGCAGGAGCCCAGGAUACUGGUUCCAUGGGAGGAUAUGGAGAAGUACGUUGCGAAGGAAGGAAAGAUAAGAAAGAUGCCCACCAAGAACAAGGCCACGGCCGGUUUCCAAAGCUUGACGAGCGUCGAUGCCGCCCGAGGCCAGCCUUACUCUAAGGGGUGGACAAGCGGCGACCGGCGCAAGUACUGGGAUCUCGUGCGAGCGGCCUGCCCUUCGGAUUCCCCAGCCAGAAACGUACCUGCGGCGACGGACCUAUCCUUGCCGCCAACCUUGCCGUACUUGUGGACAGCACCGUUCGCCCGCCAGGGCUACGUACAGAACUUCAGCAGGUCCAUGGAUCCGUGCGUUCAGCCUCACCUGCGUUCGCUUCACGGCACCUUUGUCGAACCCCUGAACGUCAACACGACGAAGGAUCUCGUCCCCCUUUUCGGGGGCUCGAAGCUCCGCGUCAACUCGGACAUGCUCAUCCCAGGCGCCAUGUACCUUUCGGACGACCCGAGCUACACCGGCGGCGACACUCACGGCCCCGCGUGGCCCGAGAAGCUCGACCGUCUCGUCUGGCGGGGCGUCGGGUCCGGGGGCCUCGCCCAGUCAGACAACUGGAUGCACUUCCAUCGCCAGCGCCUGGUGGAGAUGCUCAACGGCACUACGGUGCGCGGCAUGGAGGCCAACGACGUCCGGGCCAUGACCUUCGACAUGCCCCCCCUGGAACGCUACAACACCACGCGCCGCCGCGAGAGGCGGCUCGGGGAGUUUCUGACUGAGUUCGCAGACGUGGGUUUCACGCACCUACUGUGCGGGCCCAGCCACGACCGACGCAAGGAAUGCGAGUGGCUCGCGCCGCACCUGUCGGCGGUGAACGCAACGCCCAUGGCGGAGCAGUUCUCGAGCAAGUUCCUCCCCGACGCGGACGGCUACAGCUUCAGCGGGCGGUUCAGGGCGUUCCUGCUGUCGACGAGCGUGCCGCUCAAGGCGACGGUGUACGCCGAGUGGCACGACGACCGCCUCACGCCGUGGCUGCACUUCGUGCCGCUGGACAACACCUUCCAGGACCUUUACGGCGUGCUGGACUUCUUCACCGACGGCGACGACGAGCCUGGGGGAUCGUGGGGCGUCGACAAGGUGCUGGGGAAGAGGAGCAAGGGCGACGACGCGGCAAGGUGGAUCGCCGAGCAGGGCAAGGAAUGGGCCGAGAAGGUGCUGCGGCGCGAGGACAUGCGGCUGUACGUCUGGAGGUUGCUGCUAGAGUUUGCGCGAGUCUGCGAUGAAUAUCGGGACACGCUGGGCUACGUGGACGAUCUUCCUUGA